GAUAGACUUCUAGACUGAAUGAAUAUCUUAUCGUUUGUUUCUGGUUACCAAAACCCAGACCAGCUAUCUUGGGGUCUUAGGGAAUGGAGUCUUCUUCUUUCUCCGCAUGCCUCUCAUCAUCAUCAUCUUCUCCGCCAUUCCGGAAUCACUUUAAAACCCACAAUUCUCUUCUUCUUUUCUCAAAUUACAACUUUUCCACCUCCAAUUUCAAUCCCAUUUCUUCUUCCAUAGCCAAGAAAAAAAUCACACUCAAAGCUCAAACAUUUCACCAAGUUCCCAGAACAAAUCUACCAAUCAAGAACAACCCACUGCAAAUCUUUGUCAACACCCAUGUCUCAUUCCUUUCUCUAGCUUUCUCUCUACCUCUUUCUAGCUCUGCUUCUGACACAACAUUGCCAGCUGAGCAAGUCUCCAACAAGAUUAACAUAGAGGCUAUCUUGGUCUCCAUUGAUGACUUUUUUAAUCGAUACCCUUUCUUUGUUGCCGGAGUUACUUUCAUUUGGCUUGUUGUUAUCCCGCUCACCGAAGAUUACUUGCAGAAGUUCAAAUUUAUCUCUGCUAUCAAUGCUUUUCGCAAGCUUCGUGAUGACCCAAGUGUUCAGCUUUUAGAUAUUAGGGAUCAAAAAUCCUUGAGGACUUUGUCUUCUCCCAUUUUGAAAAUUUUGAAUAAGAAUGUGUGCCAGGUUGAGUAUAUUGAAAAGGAUGAAGAUGGGUUUGUGAAGAAAGUGCUGGACUGCUUUGGGGAUCCAGCAAAUACCACAAUUUGCAUUCUCGACAGUUUUGAUGAUAACUCCUUGAAAGUUGCUGAGUUGUUGUUCAAGAAAGGUUUCAGAGAGGCCUAUGCAAUUCGGGGUGGCGUUAAAGGGAAGAAUGGGUGGCUGUCAAUACAAGGGACACUUCUCCCUCCAUCUGUGCACAUUUUCCCGAAGAAAAAGGGAAAAAAGUUGCCACAGACUGAAUUGGUUCACGGCCAAGGAAUUAAUCAACUAAGUGAAAAUGCAGAUCAGUCUUCCUCUGCGAGUAGCAGCGCCCAGAUGACUAAUGGAUAUGUAAGCAAGACUGAACCCACUGCAGAAACAAAAAUUAGUGCAAGAUCUUUAUCUCCUUAUCCUAAGUACCCAGAUCUGAAACCACCAUCUUCUCCAACUCCAUCGAAGCCAAAAAGCUGAUACCAAGUCCUUCAGAUUUAAUUUGACUCCUGCUGUUGCUUGGAUCUCUUCUAGCUACCAUGGAACGUAGCAACACAUUAUCGGAUAAAGUGUCUCUUUCGGCAUGAUAGUCAUAAUUUGUUCUUCACAUAUGUUUUCAAUUUUCCUUAGUUUUUUGUUGUAUUAUCAUCCUAUUUUCCUUAGCUUUUGUUGUAUUAUCAUCCUAUUUUCCAGGAUUGGAUUUCAUUUGCAGCCUAUUCAAAUUUGUUCCAGGAUGCAGCGAGUUUUUGUACACAUAAAUUUAUCAGAAAUCAAAUCUACUCGAUAUUUUUAUUCUA